AUGACGGACGAGAAAGAACUGAGACGAGAAUAUCCGCUUCACUGGGCUGUGUUUCGGAAUGAUUAUGCCAAUUUGAUGGAAUUUUUGGAGGAAGAACAUGGGGAUGAGAUCGUUAACAAGCUUGAUGUAAGAGGACGCACACCUUUGAUGUUAGCCAUUACUCUUGGCCAUUAUGAAUGUGCUCGAGCUCUGUUAGAAAAAGGUGCCAAUGCUGCUAUCCAGAAUGCAGAUAUGUGGUCGCCUAGUCAUGAAGCUAUUUGUGCCGGAAAUAGUGACCUUUUACGAUUAAUUAUUCAAUAUCGAGAUUAUCAAAGAGCUCUACAAACAAGUUGUGCAAUGGAACGUUUACUCACUCUCCUGAAGGAAACAAAUGAUUUUUAUGCAGAAAUGAGUUGGGAAUUUACUAGUUGGUUACCAUUUGUUAGCAAAAUGUGUCCUUCUGACACUUAUAAAAUCUACAAGCAAGGUUCAAAUGUUCGCAUUGACACAACACUGGUUGGUUUUGAUAUAGCAUCGAAUUGGAAACGCGGCAAUCAGUCCUUCAUAUUUCGUUUUUCUGAUAACUGCCAAGUCCAACUGAUUGUCCUGGACCAUGACAGUAAAACGGCUACUGUUCAUACUAUGGAUUCACAAUCCACCAAUGAUCUCAGAGAUUUUAUUCCACCUGAAGAAGCUAUUUAUUCACGAAUGACGUCACCUGUUGACACUACUUUCAUUGAUGUAGAAAAAAUCGGAUUCGAACGGUCGAAAGGUGGUGGUCUUUUCUCUUGGUUAUCGUCAUCAGAUCGUGUAGAAGAAGUGGAUGGAUAUAAAUGUAAGGUUUUUAAUGCAAGUAAUGUUGAUAUAGUGACAAAGACGCGUACAGAACACUUGUUGGAAGGAGAUAAGGAAAGAUUUCGACGUGAAGAACAUGAAAAUCCUUUGUACAUGGUGUUAAAAUUGGCUGAAAGACAUCAGAAAUGCACUAGCGAAAUGAGACAAACGGGAACUGAUGUAUAUUGUGGGCUGACACCGCAGCAGUAUUUGGAUAAGAAUUAUUCUAUGAAUAAUCGCGACAUUGGAUUACCAAAGCAGGUGACGAAGAAGACCAGUUCAUUUAAAGCUACUUUAUGGCUUUGUGACCAUUAUCCACUCGAUUUGCAGAAUCAAGUUUUACCGAUAAUUGAUCUAAUGGCUGUGAACAAUGCCCAUUUCGCUCGCCUGAAGAAUUUCGUCCAGCUCCAGCUACCAGCUGGUUUUCCUGUAAAAAUUGAAAUUCCACUGUUUCAUGUUGUUAGCGCACGAAUUACAUUUUCGGCUAUAAAUAUACCGGGACCUCAUGUUUCUUACAAUGUUUCAUCAAACGAGGUAGAAGUCGAUCCGGCUACUUUUGAAAUCCCCGAGUAUUACAGUUCCUUGAACAACCCCGAUUGUGGCAUAUGUAUAAGCGGAAAUACUACCAUUCGCGAAGUAGGUUCUAAUGGAAAUCUUGCAUCGAGACGAUACGUAUCAGAAGAUGAACUCUACCUACAAUUCGCACUGGAGCAAAGUAUGCGUGAGACAGCAGGCCCAUCAGCAAGUACUAAUACCUGUAUUGCAGAAUCCGUGAACAAUGUCUCUGAUUGGCAUGGAGACAUAGAUUUAGCAUAUGCUAUAGGAGAAAGCAUACGAACGCUUCGUCUGGAACGGAUGAUGAGAGAAGGUACUACAACUGCCGAUAAUAUCAAAGAGCGUCAAUCUUUUAUGGACGACGAUAUUCAGCUUGCAAUACGGCUAUCGCAAAAAGAAGAGGAAGAAAGGCUGAAAGCAUGCGAAAGGCAAGAGGAAGAGUUAGAACGUAUCAUAAAGCUAUCUCUCAUCGAGAAAUAA